AUAUCAGCUACCGAGAGAAAAUUUGUUAGACAAAACACGUCAAAAGGAGGCAGUGCAAAGUAUUUUAGGAUUUUUAAUGUUUUGAUUUUUAAAUUGGUAUUAAUUGCAACGAGUGCGUGUUUUUAAGUACGAUUUCACUUGAAAUACAUACGUCGUGACAUUGUUAAUUAAGAAUGUCAAUUUAAUUUUCGUCCAUCUGUGACGAUUUAGGUGAAGGCGAACGGGCACUGUUUCCCAUGUUGGGAGACGUGGUGACUAUGCCUUCAAAUAAUGAAUAUUUAUCUCGCCUUGAGAUAAAUAUCACCCCUUCAACUUUCACGGGCAUUUAAAUACGUAGUUGUGUUAAUUUAUAUCCUAAAAAUGUGAAAAUUGGAACGAAUGUACGUACAUGAAUAUAUGGUGCAUUUGAAUAUAUAAUGAGUUUCCGUUCCACACACUGAAAGUUUUAAAUGAAAAAUUAAACCUCCCAAUUUUUUUUAAAUUUUGAUAAUUCCUCACAAAUUACAAGUUUUAUUGGAUCACUUAAAAUUUUCAGUAGGUGAAAUGGGAAUCAAAAUUAUAUUCCGAUGCACUGUAUAUUAAUGUACGUUCCUGCCAGGUUUCAAAUAUUUUGGAUAAAAAUUCACCGAACUACGUAAUUCCGAGUGAAGGUUGGAGAAGGAUAAUUAUGUCAAAGCGAGACUAUUUGAACGCAGGGGUCACUCUUUCAUUUGUGUCACCAAAAUCGUCACAGAGUGAAGAAAAGUUUUAUAUGGAAGUAUCGUCAGUUUAGGGGACUACUGUUAAAUUUAGCAUCUUAUGUAUACAGUGGGAUGGCUUAAACGACAGGUCACGAGUUUACCUGAUGCAAAGUAUUUGAAAAAUGGCCGACACAUUUUUAAAUAACCACAUUAAGGAGCAAGAAGAAGUCCGUGAAAAGGCCGGGAUAGAAAUUCAGAGGCAGCAACGUCAAUAUCAAAUUGUGACCGCGAAAAUUGAAGCUGAAACAUCAAACGCAUUACAAGCCAUAGAAUUCUCGUCGUCAGCACAAAUCGAAACUAUAAACUUAUCAACAGCACGAUCAAAAUUGCGAACUCAGAAAUUAGCCGAUGAGAAUGAGAAGAAGGCUAAACUUGAAGCAGCUCAGGCACUCAUUACAGUGGAAAAUAACCAGGCUAAAAUUUCUGGAGCAAUUGUGCAAUAUCAAGAACAAACCCGAACCUUACAAGAAAACGCUAACUCCGCACGUGUGGUAACAAUUAAUGAGGAAAAUGAGAAGAGGCGAAUUUUACAGGAGCAGACGGACGAUGAAAUUAGGAAAAUCAGAGAAAGAGGAAAACAGGAAAUUGCCUCGAUAAAUGAAAUUAGCCAUAAAAGAAUUAAAAAGUUGAGGAGAAAAGGAACUAAAAGAGGACAAGGCAAGAACAAAACGGGCAUCAAUUGCUUAAACAAUACAAAUAAUAGCAGAUUCGAAUCGUCUCAAAAGCGUGUACAUCAAGAUUCGCAUUUAAAUCCAAAUCCAAAUGUCAAUUCUAAUUACUGCGAUCCUGGCAUUGUUACCAAUGAAGCAUCCAACCCAUGUCGGAACUCUGUGUCCAAUAAUAAUGAAGAGUACGGUUGUUGUUUCGCCCAACAGCAAGAAAACGAUGAGCAUGAAAUUAAUUUUCAUAGUGCUUCUUCAGAAAAUUAUGGAUCAUUUAGUACACACAAUUUUACUUCAAUGAGUAAGGAUGAAAAACUUUGUUGGUGCCUUGCGUGGAUAACAUGGACAGACUCACGACAACCAGAAAAUCUUGAGCCAAACCAUACCACCGUUGUACCAAUUACAAACCAGCCGAUAAGGCGUACAAUUUAAACUAAGGAUUGAGUCAUAAGUUUCGCAAGGUACAAAAAUCUAGUUUGUUAUAGAACCAUAAGUUCAAAUUCCACAAAAUUUGGCAAUCUUUAUCACAAAUACGAUUAUCUACAUAAUUAGCCCAAAUUUGCAUCGUCAAUCCUUUUGUACCCAAUUUCCCAUGAGUUCUUCCGAGAGUGUCUCAAAACUGCUUUUCCCGACUUUUCCGCCACGUUCAUAAGGAUUUCACCAAUUAAGUGUCGAAAUCCUCGCAGGUUUUUUGGUGCUUUUGGUCGUCUAGCAUACUCUGUCUUGCACAAUACUCAAAACCUUUCAAUACCUAUGGUUUGUGGGACAUUAGGAACAUUAUCCGAUUUAGCUACAAAAUCGAUUUUUUUUCUCACUCAGGUAGCUCGUGACAAUUGGAUCAUAAUUACACGAUGCCUUAUCUGGCCGCUUUUUUGCCAAAGUGCACAACACGUUUUGCGAGGACUUGUCGUUGUACCCAUCGCAUUUUCUUAGCGUUAGGAAUACACUCUAAACAAAAUCAAUUCCCCACGGUAUAGAUAUAUGACUCUACCGCGUGGUAUUGAUAUGGUAUUAGAUCAAUACUACAUGGUUUAUAAAUCAAUACCAGGUAGUAUUAAAAUUAAUACGGUAGAGUAUUAUUUUAAUACCGAGUUUAUACCGGUAUGGUAUAACGGAUCAAUACCGACGCGGUAGAGUCAUAUAUCUAUACCAUCGGCAUAGAAUCAAUACCCAGUUUAUAAGAGUGUACCAUCCUAAUUGAAACAGAAUUUUCGUGACAAAUCGCUUUUUCUACAAAAUAAUAAAAAAAAACUUUCAAUUUGUUUUUGCUUACCGUAAGAUCAACAAACAGUGGUUGCGAAACUUAUGACUCGCUCCUUAGUUGCUCAUCAUCGGGAAAAAGAAAGGUUUGGAGAUCGUAUAAAGCGUCAAAUCUUUGUUUAUGUCAGCAGCCCUAACAAAUUCAUUGUGCUGAAACACACAUGCAAUAAAAUCAGGCAAAGAUUAUUAAAAAAGUCUCAUGAGAGAUGCAUACAUACAUAUACACUGGCGAGCGAAAUAAACUCUGUAGGCAUGGCUUCUUUAGAUUGAAAAAAAAACAACCUUACGGAUAUUUAUCGUCCAGUUUUGAGACCUUUUUUAUUUAUAAAUAAAAUAAAAUAAAAUAAAAUAAAAUUUAAGUGUUUAAGAAAGAUUAUGCGAGCUAAGAAAAAACAGUUGCUACCACAUGAGAGAAAGAUUUUCCAAAAAGUGAAAAACAUUUAUUGUGAAAUAAAGGAAACAGUCAAAAUUUUUGUUUUGUAAGUAAUGUAUUACUUGUCAAUAAGUCAAAUAGUUAAUAUAUCUAAUGAAAUUAGGUAGCGUUGGAUGGUAGUAAUUAAUUAUAAUCUAUUACAAGCCACAUUAAGACCCAAGUCUCUUGAGCAGCAGAGUCAGGCAAGUGUUGUACAUACAUGAUUAGUACAAAAAAUCUGUACAAGUUUGAUGCAAGUUUGAUCGCUUUUAAUUGUAUUGUUUGUAUAAAUAACUAAUACAGAAUUUGUACGUAUAAUAAUGCACUAAAUCUGUACCAACACAGCUAAUUGUAUUAACUAAACUUGUGCAAACUUCAUAUGUAAAUCUGACACAAUAAAUGUUGCACGAAAUGUAUACUAAUAAAUCAAUGCCAGUUUGGUAUGCAUUAUUUACAAA